GUCAGAGUAAAGGUGCGGCCAUGUUGAUGUGUAGUGAAUAAAAUUAAUUUAUUUCAAUUUUAGGGAUAUAAAAUUGACACAAUAUGCCCAAAUGCGACCUAAAAACUAGAUACAUCCCUGCGACAUUCGCGUGGACUUUAUUGUUGGGCACAACAUCUCUAUUUUUUUAUUUUCCCUGUCAGUACUACCUCCACAAGCACCCAUGGGUUCCUGCAUAUCAAGGUGUCAUAACAUUUUUUGUUUUGGCCAAUUUUACACUGGCCACUUUCAUGGACCCGGGAGUCAUACCAAAAGCGCCACCUGACGAAGAUCGCGAGGACGACUUUAGAGCUCCGUUGUAUCGUAGCGUGGAAAUAAACGGCAUAACCGUACGGAUGAAAUGGUGUGUCACGUGCAAGUUCUACAGGCCGCCGCGCUGUUCUCAUUGCUCUGUUUGCAAUCAUUGCAUAGAGACGUUUGACCACCACUGUCCAUGGGUGAACAACUGCAUCGGCCGACGGAACUACAGGUUCUUCUUCUUCUUCCUCAUAUCGCUGUCCAUACAUAUGCUCAGCAUAUUCGGACUCAGCUUGUACUACAUCAUGAACAACAAUAAAACUCUGACGCAAGUCGAGCCCAUUGUAUCUAUGGUGAUAAUGGGCAUAAUCGCACUCCUCGCGAUCCCCAUAUUCGGUCUGACCGGAUUCCACAUGGUGCUGGUAUCCCGCGGACGCACCACAAACGAACAAGUCACUGGGAAAUUCACCGGCGGAUACAAUCCCUUCUCUAAGGGAUGCUGGUACAACUGUUGCUAUACGCAGUUCGGGCCACAGUACCCUAGCCUAGUGCGGCCGUCCAAGUACGUCUACAAGGGCGGCAAGAAGCGUCGCGAGGCACUAAGCGGUGCGGGCGCAGGCAUACACUCGGCCUCCGCUAUAUCCACCAUAGCGACCGACACGCAGCACCAGGUAAAGACGUACACGGCGGACAACGGAGCCGCGCACCGCCCGGCCGGCCCGCACGCCCACUACAACAAGCUGUCGCCCGGGCGCGAGGAGCACGAGGGCGAGAUGGACGGCCCCGGGGCUUCGCAGAGCGCGGACUGUGAGCCGACGCCGCCUCAGAGGAGGGCUUCGGCUGCAAAUUUGUUCCCGCCGCCUGCACCGCACGCGCCUAGACCAAUGCACUACCCGAGGCUGAGCCCGCUAGCGAGGAACACCAGCCACAGCGGCGCGACGCCCGGCUACCGUAUGGUGAUGGAGCCUCUCCGCUACGACGCGGGCUCCAACGGCGCGCGGCCCUCCCCUACUAUGCAACAGCGCAUCAAAGCGCUCGGAGUGCCCACCCCGCUGGCCGUCAACAGCCCCGUCAGAAGGUCGAACCCCGGCACGCCGACGCAGCCGCGGCGGCCGGACUUCAUCGGCGUGCCUCGCGGCUCGCCGCAGCGCCGCUUCCUGUCCGAGGGCGAGCUGCUGCGGGCUGAGCCGCCGGCGCACCGCCCCACCGCCGACGACAUCCGCGAGCUGGCCGCCUCCCCGCAGCGCGGCAACUACUUGUGGGCCGAGCGCGCGCCCGCUCCCGUCCCCGUCCUCGCCGCGGUCGCGCCGCACCCGCCGCAUGUCCCGCGCGGAGGAGUGCCCGUGUUCCCGCCGCAGCCCUCCCCGCUGGCUCGACGACGCGGCGUCCCCGCGCCCCCGAAUCCGAACACGAGGCCCGCGCGCCCCCUGUCCUUCGUUCGCGCGCUCGAAGUGCAAGACCAGAUAGAAGCGCGCACGGCGCCCCCCGACCCGCCCGAUCGAGCGUCGGUCUACGACUGCAACUACGAAAUCUCCGUGUGAGACGCGCUCGGCCCCGCCCCGCUGUCCCCGUCCCGGUCGCCCCGCGACCGGCGAUGGAAUCUCAGUCGCCCCGCGCUCCUUCGAGGUACCCGAGCGUACCGAACGCUCGGUGAUCACGGGCGUCUACGGAGUUUCGUAAUGUAUGUAUAUUUGUGAACGAGCUGUGAACGUUGAUUAUAUUAAAAUGUGAGUUUGUCGAGAGAGUGUACAUAGUUUACCGGUGUUGUGAUUCCGAUGCGACUGCAAUGUGUAAGACUUGAUUGACGACGAGAAUAUUUAUCGACCAUCGAAUGUAUCUCGACAGUCCCGAGGAAUUCUCGAGAAACUCUUCUCGUGCUGUCCGAUGGUUCGCCACCCUUCUGUGUUGACGCUCGCGUCGUUCAGUCGUUAGUUUACGGAAUUGACUGACAAGCCUCAAUUUUUAUUUAGUACGUUUUUAGAACGGCAAUUUUGAUCGUGAGAGAGUAUGAUCAGAUAUUUCUUCGUUUGCGUAAGAAACUUCUUCUGAUUGAUGGAAAGUUUGAAUGUGCCAAAUAUUAUAUAGCCGCGGUUAGUUUUAGUGCACACUUGAAUUUUAAUUUUACUCCGACUAUAAACGAUCUAUUACGCUGCAUAGAAAUGAGGUAUGAAAUGAGGUACAUAUGGCCGUUACUUAUCGAACAGCAGCAACAAAGAUAAAGCAUAGGUACUCAGUUUUAUUUUGCACGUAGAGUUAUUUUUUCUAGAUUUCUACAUACAAUGCUAAGUUUGUGUAGCUUGGAAUGAAUCACACAAACUUGCAUUUUAGCAUCCGUCCUUAAAAUAGAGCAACUUAUAGAGUGAAACUGGAAGUAACAUGACAACCAAAUGUGUGUAUUGGUCACUCUGCAAUUUAUUUUUUUCAAGAGGACUUUGAGACAGCAUUGGAUAAAUAUUUCGGUUGUGAUAGAGGGCUUGAAUUGGAAUCUCUGGGUUGAUUGGUAGUUUUGACAUUGUUCACAAAUUUGACUUGAAUUUAUAAACCAAAAUAAUUACUUACGCUUAACUAUUGUAUUAGUUACCCAAACUUAUAAUUGUGUACCCAUAGAAUAUAAAAUGAUAUCAAAUAAUAAUCUAAUCUUUACCUUUCUGCCAAUACGAAAAGAGAGUUCUAUCAAUGUGUAUAAUUAGUCAUUCUAAUUAGACGUAAAUAAAAUCAACUCUUUCUCUGGAACCAAACUGAUGUGAACAUGUGAUUUUAAAAACAAAUAAUAUAUAUAUAUAUAUAUAUAUAUAUUGUUUUUAUACAAUUUUUUUAUCAUAAAAAAUAAGUACGUCUGUCGAUGUGUCUAAAGUUAUAAAAAAAAAUCAAUGUUAACUCACUUUUCCGUAUAUUGAUGUUCUA